UAGCUGUUCCGAGUGCCCCUUGGAUUUGUACUUUUAACGUCCGGCUGUGAGACGUAAAUACUGUGGAUUGAAGUGCUGCUGGGAAAUAGAGUUUUUACUGGUCUUUAACUGUCGUUAAGUCUUUAACGUUGCUUCCAAGGACUUCUGGGAAAUGAAGUCCAGUAUCCGAUCAUUUCUUCCCGCAGGAGUCUUGUUUCCGGCUUAACGAUCUACAUGAUGAGACGUCCAAGUAGGACAAAAUGGGGAGCUGGCUGUGCAGUGAAGAAUUGUGCACUUUGAGACAACAACUGUAAGUAGGAAGAGGGCCACAGAGAAGAGAGGCCAUUGACCGAGGAAGAGCAAGGCACAGCAGAACAAACAUGGAGUCUCACAAAGAAGAUAUUGAAGCACUAAGAUUGGUCAGUGUCAAAGAAGAGGACUGUGAGUGGGAAUCUGUCCAGUCGCUCCAAGAGGGUGACUUCUUGAAGCAGGAAGCUUGCCAGUGGGCUGAUGCUAGCAUUAAAGAGGAGAAUUCUGAAUUUGGACUUCCAGGUCUUCAAUCACAAAGCCAUGAAAUGUUGGACCUACAGGACCUACUAAAGGAAGGUACAAUGUUAAAGAAUGACUCCAUUUUGAAGAUGUGUUCAGCUGUAAAACAAGAGGUAACUGAUUCUGACUCACUCCAAUGGCUGCAGUACCAUCCUCAGGAGCAUGUGAAGGCUGAGAUCUUAGACUCUGACCAGAAUACAUGUGGAGAGAUGUGGUGCAAGGGAGAUUGUGAACAACCAUCAUCUGCAAGACAGCAUAGAAAACGUUUACAAGAGGAAGGCAUCUUCUCCCUGUCUUCGUUUUCUGAGGAUUCUUUUCAGUGCAGCUCUCAACAGAAAGACUAUAAUGGAAAUAUGGCAUCUGGGUCAGGGAACAUGAAUUUGGACAUUUUGCCAUAUAGUUGUCUGAAUGUUGUGACACUGCCACCAUCAGGCACUGGUAAAGUUUGCCAUCAGGUGCAGCGUACAAAUCCAGGUACUUUGCAUCACUGCCACGAGUGUGGAAAGAGUUUUAAGAACAAGUCUCAUCGCGAUAAACACUUGCGAGUUCACACUGGAGAGAAGCCAUUUUGCUGUCCAGAUUGCGGCAAAAGAUUUGCAGACAACUCCCAUCUUCAGAGGCAUAAGAGAAUUCACACCGGAGAGAGACCUUAUGACUGCAGCGAGUGUGGUAAGCGAUUCUCACUCAUAGGCAACCUUCAGAGACACAAGAGAAUUCACACUGGGCUUCGACCAUAUUACUGCUAUGAAUGUGGCCGACGAUUUAUGGAGAGACGGAAUCUUGAAAUGCAUCAGAUAAUUCACACUGGACAGAAGCCAUAUUGCUGUAGUGAAUGUGACAGGUGUUUCUCACAGAUAGGUAGCCUUCAGAGGCACAAGAAAAUGCAUGCUGGCCAGAAGCUUCACUGCUGUUCUGAAUGUGGCAAAAAGUUUGCACAACUAGGCCAUCUUCAAAGACACCUUCAGAUUCACACUGGGGAGAAACCCCAUGGCUGUUCUGAGUGUGGCAAACGAUUCUCACAAGUAGUUGGUUUGCAAAUACAUCGGAGGAUUCACACAGGAGAGAAGCCAUAUUGCUGCUCUGAAUGUGGCAAACGGUUCACACAGCUAGGUCAUCUUCAGAAACACACAAGAAUUCACACUAGAAACAAGUCCGAGUGAUUGCAAUGAGAGAUUUAGGCAGGUAUUUCCAAUUUUAAAAAUUAUCAAUAAUUUAAAAAUCCUUGUUUAGAUUUAUUAAAUGUGGGAAGAAAACGUACAGUGUUGUUGUGAUAUUGGAGCAGAAGAAAACUAAAGCAGCUACUUGGAUUUGCUCAGUUUUCCUACUCAGAUAUAUUUAAAACAAGAGCAGUGAAAUCAGAAGGUAUUCAGGCCCUUUCAGUUUGUACAUACUAUAUUGUGUUGUAGAUUUAAUUGUAAAUGGAUAUAUUUGUCAGUCUGUUCUCAAUAACCCAUAAUGACAAAGUGGAGACAUGUUUCCAGAAAGCUUUGCUAAUUAAUUAGAAUUCCUCUUUUCUUGGAGUAUUCAGGUGAUUCCUGUUUGUUUUAAUGCUCCUUGAGAUGCGUCUGGUACUUGUUUGGAGUCCAACUGUGGCCAACACAAUUGAUCAGACAUCAUUUAUAAAGUCACACAGAUCCUUGUGUAUAGAAGGCCCCACAAUUCACAGUGUAGU